AUGCCCGAGCACGUCGAGCCGUCGUCCGCGGACGGCGCCGCAUGCUCGGCGCCGGUCCCGGACGGCGUCCGACGGCAGGUCCCGGACGUUGUGCCGUCGGACGCCGACGUCGCGGCGUGCCUGCGGGUGCUGGAUGCCCUGGCCGCGCGGCCGGCGGCGCACCGCGACACGACGGCGCUGCGCCGCGGGCGCAUCGAGCGGCUGCGCGAGCUCACGGAGCGGAACGGACGCCUCGCGCUGGCGGCGGCGGCGGUCCCGCUGGCGCCCGACGGCGCCGCCCACGUCGCCGAGGGCGCCGCGGCCGAGGCCGGGCGCGAGCUUCACGCGGCGACGCAGUGCUACUCGUGCAAGGCGCGCUUCGGCAACCUGCACCACUUCUAUGCGUCGCUCUGCCCGACGUGCGCGGCGCUCAACUGGCGCAUGCGCCACGCCAGCGCCUCCCUCGAGGGCCGCGUCGCCCUGGUCACGGGCGCGCGCGUGAAGAUCGGCUUCGAGAUCGGCUGCAAGCUCCUGAGGGCCGGGGCGACGCUCGUCGCGACGACGCGCUUCCCCGCGGACGCGCUGGACCGCUACGCGAGGCUCGACGACUUCGAGGCGUUCCGGCACCGGCUCGUCGUCCACGCCGUCGACCUCCGGGACCUGCGGGGCGUCGAGGCCUUCUGCGCGUUUUUGGACUCGACGCUCGACCGCCUCGACGUCGUCGUCAACAACGCCUGCCAGACCGUCCGCCGGCCCGCCGCCUACUACCGCGGCCUCGCCGACCGCGAGCGCGCGGCGCGCGCGGCCCUCGCGGCGCCCGGGGCCUCGUCGGCGGCCGUCCCCUGGCACGCCGCGGCGGACGCCGCGCCCGCGAGCGAGCUGAGCCAGCUCCGCGUCGCCCCGGAGGAUUCGGAAUCCGCGCUCGGCGACGCGCUCCCCGCGGGCGCCGUCGACGUCAACGGCCAGCAGCUCGACAAUCGGACUCGGAACUCCUGGACGCUCAAGCUCCGCGACGUCUCGGCCCCCGAGGUCGUCGAGGCCAUGGCCAUCAACGCCGUCGCGCCGUUCAUCCUCAACGCGCGCCUCCAGCGCCUCCUCGCCGUCGCCGCGGCCGCGGCCGGCCAGGCCUUCGUCGUCAACGUGAGCGCCAUGGAGGGCAAGUUCUACCGCCACAAGACGCCCAACCACCCCCACACGAACAUGGCCAAGGCCGCGCUGAACAUGAUGACGCGGACGUCCGCCGCGGACCUCGCGAGGUCGAACGUCUACAUGACGGCCGUGGACACGGGCUGGAUCAACGACGAGAACCCGCGCGACGUCGCCGCCAGGACCGCCGCGGCCGGCUUCCAGACCCCGAUCGACGAGGUAGACGCGGCGGCGCGGGUCUGCCACCCCAUCUUCCACGGCGUCGAGACGGGCGCCCCCCUCUUCGGCGUCUUCCUCAAGGACUACGUCGAGUGCGAGUGGUAG